CGAAAGUGCAAGGCCGCCGGCAGGGCUAGUCUCGACUUAUACUCUUUGCAAGCUAUUCCCCAAGGUUAUGUAUUUGUGUUUGUGCGAAAUCCAUGAAACUUGAAUCAGUUCUCGUAAGUAUACUGGCUGUGUCACACCAUAGCAAAGAAUACGCCGAAAAAAGGGUGGAAAAUGAGCGAAACAAACCAACCAGCUCUUAUGGUACCUGAGGUGGACAUGAUCUUGCCGAAAAAUGGUGACACAACAAACACCAACAAGCAAGGAGAGAAUCCUACUGAGAGAAAUUACCCGUCUAAGGUUACCUUCGCUAAAAUGAACCGUGUAGUAGAGCGUCGGGAGUACGGCUGUUGUGGCCGAGAGAAAUGCGGUGGCACUGCGUUGGUUGUCGUAGCGUUGGUAGUAGCAUCUCUUGCGCUGCUGUUCGGGUUUAUUGGAGUUGCCAAUAAAGGCAAUAUUUACGUUGAUGUUAAAAAUGAAAUGACAGUUCCACAAACAGUUCCAGCAGCGGCUGAAAUACCAGAAACCACCGAUCGAGUUUGGACUUUUGCUAUUGGAGAUUACAGUAAUAGACUCGAAUACGUUGAACCUGAGAGUGGCCAGGUCAAAGGCUACAACAUUGAUGUCGUUAACGCAGUUUGUAGGAUUGCUCAAAAGAGCUGCCGACUAGACUGGGAUGACUACAACCGAUGCUGGGAAUCUAUAGGAGAUGACAUCGAGAAACAGGGAGGCGGUAUUGGGCUUCUGGGAAGGUGGUAUGAUGCAUGCACAGGAUGGCCAGUUACAUAUCGCCGUGCGCGCACUUUCUCGUUCACCGAAGCGCACGCUAAGAAACACCUCGCCGUGUUCAUGGUGAAGUCUGGUACCCCAGAGGGCGCCUUCAACUGGCGUAACAUCACCGGGAAGACCAUCGGUCUUUUACGCUACUAUAUUGAAGAUGAAGAUUGCAUACAAAGCCUGACAGAAGUCGUGGGCCAUGAUCUGACGGAGGGAAGAGUUAUUAACUAUUUGACUCAGCAGGAUUUACUCUCAGCAGUCAACAAUGGCGAGGUGGAUGCUGUUUUCAUCAGUGAAUUCCUGGGCGUAAAAAAUAACCUUCAGCUAGCCUCAGAUCGCAUCGAUGGGUGCUCCUUGCAGGGAUACAGCAUGAUGAUGAGGAAGGAUAAUACGUUAGCGACAUGGUGGAAUCCCGCCCUCAACGCCCUGAUUGCAUCAACAGAGUAUCGGGAAAUAUGCAACGGACUGGAAGACGAGUCUAUUCAUGGCAGCAUACCAGGACCAUCAGCCAGGGCGGUUUGCAUCGGCUUUUGAGUGACCGCUGAGCUAGAGUAGACCAAACGAAUCGUCAAAACACAUACUUCAAUGCAGAAAAACGAAAUAUAUAUUCUAAUUAUGCCUAAUAGAUAUACACAGUUUGAUGCUUUUUCUGUGCUAAAAAUUAUAUUUUGGACUUAAAGGCAGUGGACACUAUUGGUAAUUGUCAAAGACUAGCCUUCACGGUUGGUGUA